CGAAAGGGACUCAGAUCAUCAUGCUUUAGGACCUCAGGGAAAACAGAGUUUUUCAGGCUUUAGGACCCGGGGGAUUCCGGGAAGGGAAGAAAAAAAAAAAAAAAAACCCAACCCUGAGAUGCUGUGGAAUACAGCACCACCUACUUAUUGAAGCAUCAAUCCCCUGCCACAAACUCAUUGCAUCUCUAUUCGAAAUCUCACUCACCCUAUUUCCCAUUACUACGUAUUAGGGCUAUUUCUCCGCCUAAUUUAAAGACAGAGAGGGGAAAAAAAUCUGUUCCCCAAUAUAGUGACAGUCAAAGAGAAGGUAGAGGGGAAAGAAGACUUGGACGGGGGAGAGGAGGGUAGGAACCACGCAGAGAUACAACCCCUUCUUAGGUUUCGUGGUGGGGGGCUUUGGCUAGGACGUAGCGGCAGUGGCUGGGGACGCAGCCGCACAUGCCCCGCCGCUUCAUUCCCUUCUGAGAACCCUAGUUCACGCUGAGAAGAGCUAUAAGUCUGCUCGCCAGUUGGAGAGAAAGGACUGACUUAGCGACUCUAAGUGCCUAGUCUGCGGGGCUCUUCCAGCGCACGGGCGUUUAGCAAACUUUUUUUUUUUUUUUUUUUUCUUCUUCCUCCAGCCCACGUGUUUUUGAGCAGGCUGCCUUGCCUGACACCGGGAUGCAGCAUUAUGCCUGAGAGCCCUCGUGCUGCUGGGUCCGCUGUAAAGAUUUCCAGGACGGAGAUGCUGCUGGACUUAAAGGCUUGUGACUCCGCUCUGUAUUAGCGCCUGCCGGACUCUUGAAACCCCUUCCCACGGGCUACCAACAAUUCACUGUCUCUACCCCAGCCUCGCCAACUGUGCCGGGCUUCGCUAAUGACCCCUCCUGUUCUCGGACUUUGAGAAGAGUGUCUUCCCUCCAGUUCAACCGUCCAGAUGCAGUUUCGCCUUUUCUCUUUUGCCCUGAUCAUCCUGAACUGUAUGGAUUACGGUCACUGCCAAGCCAACCGCUGGAGACGCAGUAAGCGAGCUAGCUACGUAUCAAAUCCAAUUUGCAAAGGUUGUUUAUCUUGUUCAAAGGAUAAUGGAUGCAGUAGAUGCCAACAAAAGUUAUUCUUCUUUCUGCGAAGAGAAGGGAUGAGGCAGUAUGGAGAGUGUUUACAUUCAUGCCCAUCAGGGUAUUAUGGACACAGAGCACCAGACAUGAACAGAUGUGCAAGAUGCAGAAUAGAAAACUGUGACUCUUGCUUUAGCAAAGACUUUUGUACGAAAUGCAAAGCAGGAUUUUAUUUGCAUAGAGGCCGCUGCUUUCAUGAAUGUCCUGAUGGUUUUGCACCAUUAGAUGAAACCAUGGAAUGUGUGGAAGGAUGUGAAGUAGGUCCCUGGAGUGAGUGGGGAACUUGUAGUAGAAACAAUCGAACAUGUGGAUUUAAAUGGGGUCUGGAAACGAGAACAAGGCAAAUUGUCAAGAAGCCAGCAAAAGACACAAUACCAUGUCCAACCAUUGCUGAAUCUAGAAGGUGUAAGAUGACCAUGAGGCAUUGUCCAGGAGGGAAGAGAACUCCAAAGACAAAGGACAAGAGGAACAAGAAGAAGAAAAGGAAGUUAAUAGAAAGAGCACAGGAGCAACACAGCGUCUUCCUUGCUACAGACAGAGCAAACCAAUAAAGAAGGACAUUUUUCUUUUCCUUUUCUUUUUUCUUUUUUUUUUUAAUGGGUUUUUGUUUUGUUUAGUUUUAUUUUGCAAAAGUGCACAAAGCCGCUCUCUUUCCGCUCAGCUCCAGCAUGCACCAGGGCACUGCCUUUAUGCUGCUUUGACAGUAUUGGUUGCAAGUAACCUGUGAAAGUGAAAGAACCCCACAAGUUUGGAGAGAUGGGGAUGGGGUGGGGGUGUUAUUUAUAUUUUAAUUUUAAGCGGGAGCCUGCGGAGACAGGAGUACACUGAGGGUGCAUCAGUGAGAGCAGGUAAAGCUGAAAGAAGAUGUUAUUAUUUGUUCAGUGUCUGUGAGGGCAAUAGCCCCAGUGCCAGGCAGCAUGGAAGAUCUGUGGGCAGUGGGCUGCAGGGCACCAACACACACAUAGACAAUGGACUUGUGCAUAUUUAUGUGAAAGAAUCUACUCAGAGGUAGAAGUGCUAUUUCAUUUCUGACCUUUGAUUUGCAUCUCGUGCAUUUUCCAGAGGUAAAUGUAUAUGAAUAUUUACUUAGUGUUAAUCUAUGUUGUUCUCAGCAUCUGUUACCUUGAAACACUUGUAUAGUAGAGCUGCUUUUAGCUGAUGAUAUGCUCCAAGAAUGACUGCCUCGUUUCAUGGGUGAUCAGAUGUGUACAUAUGCUGAGUCUAAUAUCUACUUAUUUACUGUAUAUUUAUGCUUUCUUAUGUGUAACAAAGUAUACCUGCUUAAUGUUCUGUCACUUCAUUUCUAGUGGUUUUUACAUGUAUCUUCUAGGAAAUGCUUUUCCCCCCCUUCCUGUAGUUUUUGAAUACUUUUUCUCUGUUUUGUUGCCCUUUGAAAUGUUCUGGAAUAUUAUUUCUCAUCAGAAGGCUAGGAUCAGUUGGUAUGUUGUCAAAUGACCCAGGAUUUUCAACAUGUGCCUAAUCCUCCUGACCCACCCAUUAAAUAGCGCACAGGCAUCUGGCAAUCACAGGCAAAAAAUAAAUAAAUAAAUAAAUAAGAAACAAAAUCCAGAGUUAUUUCUCCCCUUAAGGAACCUCCCUUUAAGUUGUAAGUCUGUUAUGACUCCUUUGUGAAACACAAUUGGAGCAUGGGAAACUGCAUGCACUAACUCCAAUUUCUAGACAUGCAACUUCACAGAUAAAGACAGGUGAGAGGUGGGGAAAUUACUUUUUCUUUUCUUUUUUUUUUCUUAUAGAAGUAAUCUCAAGCCUAGCACUAGGUACUUUUAUGGUUGACUCAAGUCACCAUAGCAGACCUUUUAAGUUAUCAUCCUCAGACCACCAGUGAAAUUUGGGGACAAUGGCUAAAUUGUGGACACUGCUGGUCAGGUCACAAAUCCUAGCAAGUUUUGGUGAAGCUAAUAUAUGUCAUUUCAAACCUGGGACUCAGAGGAAUCUCUCAGGAGAUUCCCUGAGCUAUUAUUCAUAAGGUAAUUGAGUGAUCAAUUGGUUGUGGAUUCUUGUUUUCUAUGCUUCAGACUUUAGAAAUAACAGCCCCCUCCAAUUUUAACACAGAGUAGAAAAUCAGAACAUAAAUGGAACAUUUGCAAAUAUUGAGGAAAAGUUAAAGAACGGCACCACAGUUCUCUCCCCAGCCCUCACCUUUGUAUUGGCAAAACUACCUCUUUAGAAUUUACAAACUACUCACUGUGGGGUUUUUGUUGUUGUUGUUUUUGUCAUUCAUCAAAUAACUCUGGAAUAACACCUACUGAUAAUAAUAAGAAUAAAUAUAAUAUCCAUCUUUAAGAAUCACAGAAUAUUAUUGCUGUGGGAUAAGCCAUAUUAUGAAUGUUGUAUAAAACUUUGGGAUACUCAUCAAAUCCUAAGGUCCUCACCUCCUUUCACAUUUAUUUAGCAUAUGUUCCUAUUUAGUGGUAGGGGAGGUAUCACCCCAUAUACUUGCAGUGCUUCAUUGUUAAUGAGACCAAUAAUUGUUCUGUUUUGGGGAUGUUCUUUUGUGCAUUAAAUCACUUCAACAGUAA